AUGGCAGUGGAGAGACGAGAUGAGAGGAGAGGAGCUUCUGAGCUGCAAGUUCAGUCUGACAUUUUGCCACAUGUAUGGAAAACUGAGGGAGAAGGCGAAGAAGCAGAGCCUCCGACUGAGCGGCAGACCUGCACACAGGACGUCAAUGCUGUUCUGAGAGAGAUGACCGCCUUGGUGGCUGCACUGAAGGUGGAGGUGCAGCACCUAGAGAAAGACAAUGAAGGGAAGACGACGGAGCUGCAAUCCCUGAACCAACGAUACCAAGUACAAGAAACUCUGGUACAAAAGCUGCAGGAUCAGAACCAAGUACAAGAAACUCAAGUAAAAACGCUGCAGGAUCAGAUCCAAGCUGUGGCAGCAGAAGUGGCUGGUAUUAGAGCCAACACUGAAAACCAGGGAGAUAAUCUGAAGAGAGAUGGAGAAGUGAAGAUGAUGGAGCUGCAAUCCCUGAACCAACGAUACCAAGCACAGGAAUUUCAAGUAAAAGACCUGCAGGAACAGAUCCAAGCUCAGGCAACAGAACUGGCUGCUGUUAAAGUCAACACUGAAAACCAAGUGGAGGCUCUGAAGAGAGAUGGACAAGUUCAGGCAGCAGAACUGGCUGCUGUUAAACUCAACACUGAAAACCAAGUGGUUGCUCUAAAGAGAGAAGGAGAAGCUCAGGCAGCAGAACUGGCUGCUGUUAAAGUCAAAGCCAACAUGACUGGAAACCAAGUGGAGGCUCUGAAGAUACAAGGAGAAGCUCAUGCAGCAGAACUGGCUGCAAUCAAGGCCACCAUCAGUGAAAACCACGUGGAGACUGUGAAGAGAAACGGAGAAGUCAAACGCCUGGCUUUCUCUGUCUCUUUGUUGGCAUCGGAUUAUAGAACCAUUGGACCAUUCAACACCGAUAUAACUCUGAUUUUCAAACGUGUUGUUACUAAUAUUGGGAAUGCCUACAACCCAGACACAGGACUGUUCACUGCACCAGUAAGAGGAGUUUAUCACUUUGAGUUCCACAUAUAUGGACAUGGUUCUCCUAAUCCUACAUCUGCUGUGUUGAUCAAGAACGGAGAACAAAUCUGUACAUCAUAUACGUCUCAGCCUGCUGGUGCUCAGAAAGCCUCUAAUGGCGUCUCACUGCUGUUAGAAAUUGGAAAUGUUGUAUAUUUAAGAAUGUGGGCCAAUUCAUGGGUUCAUGAUAAUCAAAAUCGUCACACCACCUUUAGUGGUCAUCUACUUUUCACCAUGUAGGCAGUUAACAUGAUUUUUAUUUACAAUAAAGGUGACAGUAGCACCAUAAAACACGUCUGCAUCAAAGAUUUAAACAUGAAAAUGAUUCAUUUGUAAAAUAACAUUGAUUACAGUUUUGUUAAAUGAGCUGUUUGGUUUCUAAAUGGCAGCCAUAAGAAAUAUAAAUGUGUUUGAGAUUUUUUGUUAUUGCUCCAGUCAAAUGAUGCGUUCACAACACACGCAUGACACGCAUCAAAAACGUGCCUGAUGCUUCAAGUUUGAACGUCUGCACAUUGAAUGCAGACGCAUGAAGAUGCUUUCCCACGAAAUGCGUUUUGAGCGUCUGGUUUACAUUCAAAGUCUAUGUGGAGUAGCGUCGAAGGCGCGUCAGAAGCGUCAGAAUCACUCCAGCCGUUGUUUUCCGUUGCCAGCCUAUUUGUCAGACGUGUUGGACGUGCUUGACGAGUCAAACUCUUCAAAUCGCGCCGCGCCGCAACGGACCUGUUUGUAUAUGUAACUGAAUGAUUUUAGAAAAACAUAAAUCAGUGAAUCUGUAAUAGGAUGAUUGAAAAUGAGACCAAUAGGAAUUUUGAAUGGGGAAAAAAUCUAAAUCUGGACUUCUACUUGUUUAUAUGAAACACUGAAUUUACAUUCAGGCUUCCUUUUUGUUUAAUAAAUAUUUGCAGUGUGGAAUUUAGUGUGUUUUGCACGCUUGAGGUUAAAUUUGGAAAAAAAAUGUUAGAAUCAUUUUAAAAUAAAAUGGUUUUUAUUCUGGCAUGAUGCAUAAAGUCCAGGACUUAAACAAAGCAGUUGGUUAUAGCUAGGAAGCUAUUUAAAUGUUUAAACAGUUUUUUGAAUAACUUUGAUGAUGAAUCAGAGGUCAGAGGUCUGCCUGUAA